AUGGGAUUGAAAUUAUACGUACAUUACAAGCUAAUAUUUGGUAAUAAACUAAUAAUAUUUUUUUUUAGCAUCGAGAAAACAAAUUAAAGAAUGUGCACCCAUGGUAGUUUUUUCAGAAAUCAAAUGAAUUUAGUGGCAGCGUGUGACGAAGAGAGCAGAAUUCACCUCCCAUCAAUACAGCUUGAAGCGGGACCAUCAUAACAAGGACGGGUCCAUCCCAGCAUGAAUGCAUCACCCUUUUAUUUUGUUGAGCUCCAAGUCUAACCUGCUCAGCUUGCCCUCUCUAAUACUUCCUCUCCCCCAACGGCUUCUUCAUCCUGAUAAAGGUUCGUCUCUUCAAUUCUUGCCAUUUUCUUCUCUGUUUUCUCUUCUUUCUCUUCCCAUCUGCUAUUCACGUGCUUUGCUUUUUGUAAUAUAUAGUCGACCGGGGAACAGAUUAACUCACUCUCGUUUCUGGCAUGGGUGGUUGUUUGAGCGCGCAAAUUAAAGCAGAAAGCCCAUGCAACUCAGGGUUAAAUUCAAAGUACGCGAGCACUGACGGAAAGGAUGCUAACAGCACAGGGAGCAAGGCGUCGGCAGUGUCAGUUCCUCAGACUCCAAGGAGCGAGGGAGAGAUCUUGCAGUCAUCCAAUUUAAAAAGCUUCACUUUAGCAGAAAUGAAGACGGCCACCAGAAAUUUCCGUACUGAUAGCGUGUUAGGAGAAGGUGGCUUUGGAUCGGUGUACAAAGGAUGGAUCGAUGAGCACUCUUUGAUUCCUGCCAAACCCGGGACUGGCAUGGUUAUUGCUGUCAAAAGACUUAAUCAAGAUGGUUUCCAAGGUCACAAGGAGUGGUUGGCCGAAGUGAACUACCUUGGACAGCUCUGUCAUCCUCAUCUCGUGAAAUUGAUUGGUUAUUGCCUGGAAGAUGAACACCGUCUUUUGGCCUACGAAUUCAUGCCUCGUGGCAGCCUGGAGAAUCAUUUGUUCAGAAGAGGUUCAUAUUUUCAACCUCUCUCUUGGAGCCUCCGGAUGAAAGUUGCCCUCGGUGCUGCCAGAGGGCUUGCAUUUCUCCACAGCGGCGGCAUAAAAGUGAUAUACCGGGAUUUCAAGACUUCAAAUGUCUUGCUGGAUUCCAAAUAUAAUGCAAAACUUUCUGAUUUUGGGCUGGCAAGAGAUGGACCAACCGGCGACAAGAGUCACGUCUCCACCAGGGUCAUGGGAACCUAUGGAUACGCAGCUCCUGAAUAUCUAGCCACAGGCCACCUAACAGCCAAGAGCGACGUGUACAGUUUUGGAGUUGUACUGCUGGAGAUGCUAUCGGGGCGGCGAGCCGUGGAUAAGAACAGGCCAUCUGGUCAGCACAAUUUGGUGGAAUGGGCUAAGCCCUGUUUGGCAAACAAACGAAAGAUCUUUCGCAUCAUGGACAGUCGUCUGGAGGGCGAGUACUCGAUCGAUGAGGCUCACAAGACAGCAAUGCUGGCUCUGCGAUGCCUCUCCAGCGAGCCCAAGAUCAGGCCUACCAUGGAUGAGGUUGUCAAAGCUUUGGAGCAGCUCCAAGUCUGCGUUCGUGAAAAUGGAAGCCACCGCAACUCUCGGCCUCGUAUUCGGAGAAGAAGCGCCGAUGACUUUAAAGGCAGGAGGGCUUAUCCCAGGCCAUCUGCUUCUCCUCUCUAUGCUUGACAGCACAGUCUUGUUUCUUAACCUGGAUAGAUAUUGUACAUAAUCCCUUUUCAGCUGAUAUGUUCCUGGGCGUUUCCGCUUGAGAUCGGCGUAUGUAUGUAUUUUGUAUGUGUCUGUUAACGAGUCACAGUUACGGAUAGUUGGGAAGGUAGGCGAUUGCUUUUGUAUGAUUGAUCAAGAUAGAAAGUUUCUUUCCGUACA